GAGGUAAAAAAAAACUGGCAGAUUUUUGAGCUUUGAUUUUGUUCUGCUGUGAAAUUCAAAUUUUUGCUGAUUUCGAAUACUUGGUUCCCCUAAUGCAAAUGUAUUCUUCUGUGAUAUCAAGUAAUUUUAAAUGUUCAGUUACUAUGCUCGAAAAUUUGAUACCAGAUAUCAGCCUGCAUCGGUGAUGGCAUCAUCCCAAGUUGAAAUCUCUUCUCGUGCUCCAUUCCGACAUGUUUUAGGACACCCCGGCAGCAGGGAAGAUUUAUGGGAAGGAGACUGCGCGAGACACACGAAGAGUCCUAAAGUUUCAGACAGAUGGGCAAGAGCCCGGGAAAUUGUGUUCGAAACAGAGACUUCUCCGACAACCCCUGACAUUAAUUCAAGCGAGAAUCGGAAAAUUCGUGCUGUAUCUUCUCUUGUUCAGAAAUGGAGAGAUUUUGAGGCAGAGUCCAAAAACUCGAAUGCAAACAACAAUAACAUCAGUCCAACUCUUAGCAGCAGGAGUAAUGCAAGUUCAGUGUUUUCAGACAGCUCGACGUUUACUGAUGUGAUGCAUGUGAGCAAUUCAGAUGUUUCGACAGAAUAUGAGACAAAUAGAGUGGCGGAUAUAAUUAAGAGAUUGACAUCGGUGAAUGGGGAAGAAUGUAAUGACCGAGAUCAGAAUGUUUGUAAGUUGAUGAAAAUUCGGACAACUUCUCCUAUAUCCCCUCAGAAAAAGAAUGCUGGGAAAGUAAAAUCUCCGCGGAUUAGAGGGCGUCAGGCUUCAAAUGAGGUGUUUAUGCAAAUGGAGCGCGACAGGUACCAGGAGCUUCAAAGAUUAGGAGACUGCAAGGCUGUAUCCAGUUUUGCUCAUCGCAAACAAUUUCAGAAACUGCUCCGGGUUAGAUUCUUACGCCAAGGCUCGGAUGCAAAAGAUUAUAGUAAAUCUAAUUUAACAGUAUCCAAGAUAAAGGAGCCAUCAGAAGGAUCUGGUAUUAUGCAUCUUAGGGACAAAUUUAACACGGAGAGUACUGGCGCCGAGUCAAGUCCACGAAAGGGGCAUAGAGUAAGGAAAUCUGCGGACAUUAACCCAACAAAAGAGGUUAUAGACCACACAACCGCGAAUGCUAAAACACUCACUAUCUCCACUAAACACGAAGGGAAGACUCAUCCGCAGGAUAUUGCUCAAUCAGGAAGUAGCCCUCGUACAAAUGCUGUUGCUAACAUUCAAGAAGCAGAUACUUGUAAUGAGGAUUUCACACCCUCGCAUCAGAACACUAGCCAAGUGCAGGAAUCAGAUAAAGAAGUUGGUCCAGGAUUAGGUGUAACGUGGAAACCAACAAGCUACAAUAUCAAAACGUUUGAUUUGCAAGAACUUGCGGACAAGGCAGCAGUAGUUUCAUUAAAAAGGUUUAAAGGCCUUGAUGCAGAACCGUCCCUUGAAUCGCUUCAUGACUGGAUAAAAGAAAGUGGUCCUGAAUGGACUAGUGAAUUUCCUCAAAACCAAAGCGAGUGGGAAGACAUAGAAGCUUUAAAUUAUGAGCAAGCGGAAUCAUAUCAGGACUGGGUAUUUGAUGUUUCUCGUCCAAGGAGUGACUGGGAAGAUCUAAGGCAAGAAAGAUAUCAGGAGAUGCUUGAUCCUUUCUUAAAGAAUAAAGAUAUAAAGAAGUUACUUGAAAGAAGAAGUGUAUCAUCAUUUCUUACCAGCGAAAUGCGAGAUAAAAUAGAUCAAAUAAUGAUAUCUCGUACUGAAGCAAAACCAAAGCUAAUAGUUAAUCGAGUAGAACACAAGUUGGAGGAUGAAAAGAAGGGAUAUGAACACCCGAUAGUAACUAAGAAGAUUUUUGAAGAAGAAAACAGGAGUCCUGUUGCACCUGGUGAAGCUGCCGAAUGUUUUGAACAGACACCAUCAUCAAUAUGUUCAGCCUCACCAUCUGUCCAAUACAGGUCAUGGACUCGUAAUCCAAUCCAUAGUCCUACUGAUGAAUCAUUUUCAUCUCCGUCUCUAGAUCAAUCUCCCACACCUAACUUCUACACAAGGGAUACUAAGCCAUCACUUGAGAUGGAACUCAUUUAUGGAUUAAAAGAUCAUAUGGAGCAAAUUCAUCAGGAGUUAAGUGACCUACGAAAAGCCUUAAGUGUCUGCAUAAGCAUGCAGCAGGCACAACCACAAAAUUUAAUGCAGAAAGGAUUGUCAGAUUCUUAUAUUCAUUCAGUAGCUGUAGGAAAAGGAAAUGAGUCUAUCGGUAAAACUCCAGGAAAAGGGAGUUGUUGUCUUUGUUUCAAAUCAGAAGUUGAUUCACUUCUGUACAGAUGUGGCCACAUGUGCACCUGUUUCAGAUGUGCGCAAGAGCUGCAAUUAGAUAGCGGAAAAUGUCCUAUAUGCAGUGCUUCAAUACAGGAUGUUGUACGGACACGUCCCAGAUAAAGGUGAAUCUUGCACCUGAUUACCUUCUUUAAACAACAUAUAGCGUCGUAAAGAAUCAUAAGGUGGAUGAGAAUCAUGAGAUAUAUAUUUUAGACAAAUUAUAGCAGCACAAAUCAACGGUUCGAGUAGUACAGAGUAUCAAUUAUAGUACUUUCAACCAUUUUAGUUUUGAUCUUAAUUCCAGUAAAAGUUUAUAU